AUGAGCUGCCUUCGGUCCACUUCCAACGGUGUGGAUAAUGCAGACACCCCCAUCCGCCCUUCAACGAGCCGCGCUUUUCUCGGCGCGCCUUCAAAAACGGACGGAUCUUCGGACAGACUGCGCCUUUUCUGCGCUGAUCUGAUCAAGAACGAGGGCGGAGGAUACCCUGGCGUGGCCACCGCCUCGCGUCUGCCCUCAUCCCACCUCGCCACGCCUGAAAAUGCGCUGGGACUCCUCUUGGAGCCUAAUCCCUUCCCAUCUGAGCUUCUGCAUCUCGAUCUCGGCACAGCCACUCAUGGUGUCCCGUCGCCACGCAGCGAAGCCGACUUCUUCUUGGGUCAAGGUGGCGACGGUCUCAGCUUUCUCGGUGCCAACACGAGGAAACCGUCUCGAAUGCUCACUCGGUCCCCCGCAAACAUUUCCCAUGCUUCAUCGCAGUUGCCGUCGCCCUCGACGCACAGCGACGACUCGCUGACCUUGCUUCCCCUCGCUCAUCGCCUCGACCUCAACAAGAGCCGCAUCGAUUCGUCCCUCGACCUCCCGGCGCUUCGACUUCAUGAAUUAUCGCCUCCAUUUGCUGGCCCGCCAUCUGCGUCCGAACCAGUGGUAAAGCUCAAGGACGACAGCUUCAUCUACAAGAUGCCAAUCCUCCGUUCCAUGUCGCCUCUUGCCGAUAUGAGCAGCGACAGUGAGGACCAGGACUCGGACGAACCCCUCAUCGGAUCCUCAGUAUUGCCCGACUCCUCUGCUCUGAGUGGAAGCACGUCCAAGGUGGAGCUUGGACGACCAGAUUUGCCACUUCCACAAGAGGGUCGCACCGGCGAGAUUUUUGUGACUCCGAAAACGAUCCUCCCUCUCGCACUCCGGCGAGGUUGCGGCAACAACACAGAGAAACUCCUUUGCAAGCUCAAAUCGACUUCACACCAGUGCUUCAGCGUUGUUGACGGAAAAUGGGCUUGUUACCGUCGUAACUACCUAAGGGUGGAUGUCUCGUUUCACUUUGAAGAUGAGAAAGGCCGACGCCGUGACGAGGUGCAUGGCGAUUUGAUUUGUGAAGCUGAUGGCCGUGCUCCGUUUGUGGUCGAGCGCUUUGCAGUUCACAUGACUGCUCAUGUCGUUCACCACGACGGCAGGCUCCAAAAGGGUCGUCAGGGACUUGUGCCGCUGAUCCAGUUCGGCCCAGCUAGGGAGCGGGGCCCUCGUGAGGCGGUUCAGCCUGUCGAGCUGCGCAGCGGUGGCACCCUCGGCAACGAUGCCUCGGCCAACGAGCAGACGGCGGCGAGGUCGGGCACCAUUGCUGCCUUUCGCAGGGUGCAGAUCCGCUCAGCUACGAUGAACAACGGCCAACGUGGGGCAGCGAGCCAGCAGUUCUAUGCACUCAAGUUGACGUUGCUGGCGUACCCGAGGCAGGGUCCACUGACGCUUGGCGGAGGUGUUGAGGUGGCGAGCUUGGUCAGCCAUCCGAUCACGGUCAGAGGACGCUCCAAGGUUCACUAUGCACAUGUGGCGCCAGCUGCAGGAAACGCGAAGCAGCAUGAUGCUGCUGCUGCUACCAGUACCGUAUCUCGCAGAGCAUCCGUAACUCCUGCGGCGAGCAAGGUGCCAGUGGCCACCGCUUCGUCUCGCUCCACUCCGAGACGCGAAAGCUAUGCACGCAGCGGCAGCGGCACAAUGUCUCCUGAUCAGCGGCGUAGCGGCCGCCGACUUGUUGCCGGUGCUGUGCGUGCCACCUCGCACGAGGCUGCCGAUUCGAUGCAGGACGGCGACGACGAACUGGAAGAAGGCGAGUUGUCUGGUUCGAGCGUAAGAUCGCAGCGACCCAUCGACAGGGUGAUGGACAUUCGCAGCAUCAUCUGA